UUGGCUGGCGCGCGGUGACGUCACCGGCGCCCAGGGCUGGGCCGGAGUCGGAGCCAUUUCUGCAGGGGAAGGUCUCGCGGAGCGGAGCGGCCAACAUGUGCGACUUCACCGAGGACCAGACCGCAGAGUUCAAGGAGGCCUUCCAGCUGUUUGACCGAACAGGGGAUGGCAAGAUCCUGUACAGCCAGUGUGGGGAUGUCAUGAGGGCCCUGGGCCAGAACCCCACCAACGCCGAGGUGCUCAAGGUUCUGGGGAACCCCAAGAGUGAUGAGAUGAAUGUGAAGGUGCUGGACUUUGAGCACUUCCUGCCCAUGCUGCAGACAGUGGCCAAGAACAAGGACCAGGGCACCUAUGAAGACUACGUGGAAGGCCUUCGGGUGUUCGACAAAGAAGGGAACGGCACGGUCAUGGGUGCUGAAAUCCGCCAUGUUCUUGUCACACUGGGCGAGAAGAUGACAGAGGAGGAAGUGGAGAUGCUGGUGGCAGGGCACGAGGACAGCAAUGGUUGUAUCAACUAUGAAGAGCUCGUCCGCAUGGUGCUGAAUGGCUAAGAACAUUCCCAGUAUGCCCAGAGUGUUCCCUGUGAGACUGCAUCCCCUGUGAGGCCCCAGAGGCUCCCUAGGCUCUAGUCACGGCUAGUCACGGCACCUUCCCCAGCUUGUCUCUCGGAUGAUGUCUGCUGUCAGCAUUCACCAAAUAAACUGUCUUUUCUAUGCCCUUCAGUUCAGUGCUGCUUUCCUU